AUGUCCCCUUCGGAGGGUUAUUCUGUGCCUCAAGGCCAUGUGUGCCGCCUCAAGCGUUCACUUUACGGGCAAAAGCAGGCGUCACGACAGUGGAACCAUAAGUUCACUACACAGAUUGUCGCCUUUGGUUUUGUUCAAUCGAAGCACGAUUAUUGUCUUUUUACAAAGAUCUCCACUGAUAGUUUUUUGGUGUUGUUGAUUUAUGUUGAUGGCAUCCUCGUUGCAGGUACGUCUAUUGAGCACAUAACUGCAAUCAAGGCUUACCUUGAUCGCUUAUUCACCAACAAGGAUUUAGGCGUCGCCAAAUACUUCUUGGGGCUAGAAGUAGCUCACUCCUCUCAAGGUAUCACUGUCACUCAAACUAAAUACAUCAAGGAUAUUGUGAUGGACAUUGGUUUGCUUCAUGCUCGUGCUGCGACCAAACCUCUACCUCCCGGUAAUAAAUUUACAGAGGAUGCAUGCGCUCAACUUCCUCAUCCUAAGCUUUACCAUCGUCUUGUUGGAAGGUUUCUCUAUCUCAAUUUCACAAGAUCGGACACUUUCCACACAUGCCAACAAUUUAGUCAGUUCUUGCAGCGUCCCUGUCAACGGCAUCUUGAUGCUGCUUUCCAUCUUGUUCGCUACCUCAAAGGGACACUUCACAAGGGGUUGUUUUUUUCUUCUCGGAAUUCACUGGAGUUACGCACUUAUUCUGAUGUCGAUUGGGCCAGUUGUGUUGAUACUAAACGUUUCUUGACCGAGUAUUAUAUCUUUCUUGGUGAUGCCUUGGUUUCUUGGAAAACCAAGAAACAGAAUACUGUCUCUCGUUCGACAGCGGAGGCGAAAUAUCAGAGUAUGGGUUCUACCAUCUGUGAACUAACUUGGAUGGUUUAUCUGUUGAUGGAUUUUGGCAUUUCUGCUCCUACUCCCAUUCCCUUUUCCUAUGAUAACCAAGCUGCACUCCACAUUGUUAACAACCCUGUUUUUCAUGAACACACGAAGCAUUUGGACAUUGACUGUCAUAUCGUUCGCGACAAGUUCAAGUCCGGGCUUAUUAACCCCGUGCAUGUGCCCGGUAAAGCUCGACUUGCGGAUUUCUUCACCAAGUCCUUACCUGCACCUUCCUUUUUUCUUCUCCUCUCCAAGUUGGGAUUGGUUGACUUCACCCCAAGUCCAACUUUGGGGGGAUUGAAGAUAUUCGUGGAAAAGAAGAAGCUACUGCUGCUGCAAUUGCUUUGUUCUCACCUGCAAUUACAUAGUGCUGACGUGGGUCUUGAAGUUGUGUUCUUUGUAUAG